UUCAAGAAACGCACGCGCAUGCAAAUAAGUUUGUUUACUUGGGGAUGCGUACACAGAGGAAGUGGCGGUGUUCGUGCUCACUCGUGUCCUUUCUUGUGGGUUUCUGCUUGGGUUUAGGAGAGAUAGUGUACGUCUUUCAGUGGGGAUCACUGGCAUCCAAUUGUCUACAAAACUCUGUGAGAUUAGAAAUGAUGCAAACCAGAAGCCAUGACACCACAGACUCCAGAAGAGAUGACUUCGAUAUAACAGACAAGAACCAAGGUCUCUCUUUUAACGGAACUCUCAAACGUGAAAAGGUCCGCAUUCUCUGCUGGGUGAUGACUCAAGAAGAAAACCUGGCGAGCAAAACGCAGAUGAUAAAAGACACUUGGGGUAAAAGGUGUGACACCACGCUGUAUUUUUCCUCCAACACAGAUCACGACUUCCCCACCAUUGGACUUGAUAUUCCCGACGGCCGUCGCUAUUUAUUUCUGAAAACCUGCAAAGCGUUCGAUUAUAUCCACAAACAUCAUUUUAAUGACGCCGACUGGUUCCUCAAAACAGACGAUGAUACGUUUGUGAUCGUGGAGAAUCUGCGACGGUUCCUUCAGGACAAGAACUCGUCUUCGCCCGUAUAUUACGGGCAGAUAUUCCACAGAUACGUGAGGGGAGGGUAUAACAGCGGCGGAGCAGGAUAUAUUUUGGGGAAGGAGGCGGUGAGAAGGUUUGUGUUGAAUGGACCAAGCCAGGCAUACUGUAAACGGAAAAGAGGCUCCGAGGACGUUGCUUUGGGUAAAUGGAUGCUUUGGUUGAACGUUGCGGUUGGUUCCACAAAAGAUGUUGUCGGCAAGGAGAGGUUUAACUGGCAUAAUGGUUUUUCCAUCUUUGCAGGAAAAAUACCAGAAUGGGUUAAAAGAUAUGUUGGAAAUAAUAGGACCGCCUACGAGCCGAGUAAUGUUGCCAUUUCGUUUCACUAUAUCAACUCUGGCUGGAUGAAGGUGAUCGACUUCAUCGUGUACCAUCUGACAGUUCACGGAGUUCUCUAGCCCAUGGUCGUCGGUACUGAGAGGCAUUUACACACAACACAAUGCACUCCAUCUGUUGCGAAAACAAAAUCAAAAACACUUUCAAAUACCUCAAGAGCUAGCCCUAAAAAGAAACUAAACAACAAAGCAACCCCCCUCAUCAACCCCCCCCCAAAAAAAAACUAUUAAAAAAACCCGCACCCCCCCAAGAACCCCACCCCACCCCCCACCCAAAAAAAAAAAAAGGAUACAACAACAACAAAAACGAGCAAAAAACAAACAACAACGACAACAUGAAACAAAUACUAAUAACCCGCCACGUCGUGGAAUUACCACAACAUGAGCGCUUUGUUGCCAACUUAUGUUUAAUAAAAAAUAAAUCAAUAAAAAUGCCGAUAUAAUCAACAAAAAA